AUGAACCGUCGUCAUUGUUUGUUCGGUCUACUCAUCAUUCUACUGUGGGCAGUUGGAGGAAAUGGCGACGCUUCCUCGGAUACAGAAAUCAUCAAAAAGCUUCUCGGAAAAGGAUACGACUGGAGAGUGAGACCGCCAGGGAUCAAUUUAACAAUUCCUGGAACUCAUGGUGCUGUGGUUGUCACGGUCAAUAUGCUCAUAAGAAGUAUUUCCAAAAUAGAUGACGUGAAUAUGGAGUACAGUGUUCAGCUGACGUUUCGAGAAGAGUGGGUGGAUGGUCGGUUGGCGUUCGGGUUUCCAGGAGAUAACACUCCAGACUUCUUGAUUCUGACAGCAGGACAACAGAUUUGGAUGCCAGAUAGUUUCUUUCAGAACGAAAAGCAAGCUCACAAACAUGACAUCGAUAAACCAAAUGUGCUGAUUCGUAUUCAUCGAGAUGGUCGUAUUCUAUAUUCUGUUCGAAUUUCCAUGGUUUUAUCGUGUCCGAUGCAUCUUCAAUAUUACCCGAUGGAUGUUCAAACUUGUCUGAUCGAUUUGGCUUCUUAUGCAUAUACGGAAAGUGAUAUCGAGUACCGAUGGAAGGAAAAAGAACCCGUUCAGCUGAAAAAAGGGCUUCACUCAUCUCUUCCAAGUUUUGAGUUGAACAGCGUCAACACUGAUUUAUGCACCAGCAAGACCAAUACUGGAACUUAUUCCUGUCUCCGUACUGUGCUAGAAUUAAAACGACAAUUCAGUUACUACCUCCUCCAACUAUAUAUUCCUUCUACUAUGCUUGUCAUAGUCUCAUGGGUCUCUUUUUGGCUGGAUAGGGGAGCUGUACCGGCUCGAGUUACUCUCGGAGUGACCACUCUUCUUACAAUGACCACUCAGGCCUCGGGUAUCAACGCAAAAUUGCCACCAGUCUCUUAUACAAAAGCGAUAGACGUCUGGAUUGGAGCGUGUCUCACUUUCAUUUUUGGUGCUCUUCUUGAAUUCGCUUGGGUCACUUACAUAUCGUCUAGAAGUUUUUAUAAACGAAAGAAAAUGUGCUCAAGCAGAAACUCUCUUCUUAUGGAAACUAAACAAGCUCUCAUCAUCCCAAACACCGUUGUUGCUCAAUUCCAGGAUCAGCCUUCAGAUGAAGUCGAAAUGGGACUGACUUCUUCACCUCCAGACGUUUGGAUUCGACGUCACAAUAAUGGAAAAACAGUGACUGAAGUGAACGGACUGCUCAAUCAUACUAGUGAUGAAUCGGCUGAACUUAUCAUAAUUGAUGCGAAACACAAAAACAGAAGAUUUAUUUGGUGGAAUAAUUUUAAAAAUGUUCGAUUAAUACGAUGGGUUCGGCACAGGUUGGAUGUGGAUGACAAUGCGAAGAGAGCAGACUUAAUAUCAAGAGUUUUAUUUCCAACUCUCUUCAUAAUCUUCAAUUUCAUCUACUGGAUAAAAUACUCACAGUAUCAUGUACCAGCCGCCAAAUAA